CAAUACAGCGUGCUCAUGCUUCGCUGACGUGCAUCGUAGCGAGGACGUGCCACAAUGGUCUCCCUUCGUUUAUCUUCGCUAUUGACCUUGCUGGCAUGUGUCGUGGUGAACGCAUCUCCGCACGUGGAACGACAAUCUGCGACUCUGAAGGCGGCCGCGGGCGCUCGAUACUUCGGCGCCGCGCUCGGCGUUGGGCAUUUGCAGAACGCGAGUGACCCGAACUUUGCCAGCCUUGCGGCCACACAGUUUUCUGGGUCGACACCGGAGAACGAAAUGAAGUGGGACGCUACGGAGCCCGAGCAAGGCGUGUUCACCUUCGCCCAGGGAGACGUGAUCCAGCAGUUCGCCGCCGCACACGGGCAUAAGCUCCGUGGACACACGCUGGUCUGGCACAAUCAGUUACCAGCGUGGGUUACCCAGCUUUCCGGUGCUCAGGCCGUCGGUAGCGCCAUGGUGAACCACAUUCAGCAGGUGAUGGGUCAUUUCAAAGGGAAAAUCUUCGCUUGGUAUGUCGUGAACGAGGCGUUCAACGAUGACGGCACUUUUGGUAGCUCGCCCUUCCUCACGGCUCUCGGGAGCGGAUACAUCUUCACCGCUUUCCAAACCGCCCGUGCAGCCGAUCCCAACGCAAAGCUUUUCAUCAACGACUUCGGAACGGAGAGCAUCAACGUCAAGUCCGACGCGCUCUUGUCGGUCGUGCAGAACCUCACCAAGAGUGGCUUGAUCGAUGGCGUCGGCUUCCAGAGCCACUUCAUCCUCGGCGAGGUGCCGACGGACCUGCAAGCCAACCUCCAGCGUUUCGCCAACCUCGGCGUGCAAGUCGCCAUCACCGAGCUGGAUGUAAGGAUACCCGACCCCGUCACCCAAGCCGACCUCGAGCAGCAAGCGACCGAUUUUGCGACCGUCGUCAACGCUUGCCAGGCUGUCACGAACUGCGUAGGCAUCACCACGUGGGGCAUCGGAGACAUUUACAGCUGGGUCAAUUUCCCUGCACCGGGAACAUUCCCCGGCAAUGAUAAGCCUUUGCUCUUCGACGACAACUACGUCGCGAAGCCCGCCUUCAGCUCGGUGAUCAACGCUUUCGAGACGUAA